GUGAGGUGCCAGUUCAAGUGUUCUUUCCAUGGGUUGCUUGUUCCACUCAUCACUCAACACCAUCACCAACCGCCUACACCGUGUAAAGUCAACGCAAAAUGCCUGCAUAUUCAAUUCCAACUCCAAAGAGCUCAUGAUAUCGGCUGGUUAGUCAACUAUUCGGAUGCUCAAACAAAAUACACCUACCAGGUCGCCAAACCGUCACUCAAUUCCGCCAUAAGCGUUUUCAGUCAUGUUCUCACUACGGGCGUCAGUCCCGGCAAGACGGGCUGCUUGUGCUAUCCUCCAGCCAAAUGUGUUGACUUCACAACUCUUGGUACCCCCGUGUCACGGACAAGCCCAACAACAACAACCACCACAUCAUCAACAGCGACAACAACGACGACAGUAUGCAAUGCGUUCCCCUUCACUUUCAAAACGCCCACGACCCGGACCCGCUGCACCGGUCGAUCCGCUCUUCAAGGACGUCCCUGUUCCAUCUGUAGACUUGUGGCGGGAGUUUAAAAAUAAACGAGGGCUCGGGGACGUAACUCCGGAGACUUGUCUCCACGCAUUCACGCAAUUUUGCCUCGUUGCUUCCGGUGGUUUUUCUAGCGGUGAGCCGGCUAUCAUUUUACAAAGGGACUUCAACAUCGACCUCAUCACGUUACAUUACACUGCCCUGCCACUCAUCACUGGGGAAGCACGCCUCGGAACGGUAGGGUACUCCAUGCUUUUCGUGGCCUCAAACAUGGGCUAUAUACCCUCCACCAUCACAGCCAUGGGCAUCGUUACGCAGUCGGGUAAACAACCCGACUUUGCAAAAUCCAAGACGUGGCGUGCACUCGAGACGAACUUCAAGCGGUUGCUUCGAACCGAGAACAACCCAGACGUCUUCACCGUGCAGGGCCUCGUCCUACUGCAUCAAGGCCAGCCCGAUAGCUACGUGCUGAGCUUCUUCGAUAAGGCCAUCCAAGCAGCAGGUGGCACCUCACCGAGGACAGCAGACCAACCGGGACCAGGGGAGCAAGGCAUCCCAGCAAUCCGCAAACCGAGAUGGACAUAUGAGAAUUUCUGCCACCUGGAGCGUGGGCGCCUCUUGCUGAAGCGCAACCGCACAGAGGAAGCCGUGGCCUCGUUCAAGACCGCCGCGCUAGAGCUGGAUCACCCCGACGGCUAUGUUGAGUUGGCUAAACUACUGCCCGACGAUGCGCCGGAACGAGAGACGUACCUCCUGAUGGCCGCCCAGACCGGUAACUUUGAGGCCUGUCGGCUUCUUGCCUUGUACAUGGCCGAUAAGGCAGCAGACCCGGCGCUCCCGCGGGAUGAUCGUGCCCACGCUGGAAAGAUGGCCCGCGAAUGGGCAAUGAUUGGACCGGACCCCGAGAAGAGGGGGGAGGUGGAAGCGCAGGUGAAUGAGAAGUUGAAAGGCACAACUCCACUGGGCUGAAGAAGUGAAGUGUUCUCGAGUCCGAACCCAUAAGGCCCUGAGAGCACGAGAUACUGCUCCGCGGGUUCGGUUCUGUGGCCGGGCUCUUCGUUACAGAACCUUCGCCCCCAACAGGCUCACAUGUAUAUGCAAUAGGGGAACAAUAGCGGACGGAAUUACUGUACUUUAUUGAAGGACACUAUAGGAUAGAGAGAUACCCACUUGGAAUGCUUUCUGGGCAUGGCCUCCUUUACCUAUCCUUUUUCUACCGUUUCUGAUACCACGACCGGCGUCAAUCUCAACUCCCAAGCUCACACCACAGGCAUUUCAUCAAUGUUUAGAAACUUAGCGCUCUCUUCACGCGAAAAUGGCAGUUUCGAUUACUCAA